GGCCAUAGGAGUUUUGCUUCUCCAAGUUCGAGUUUUUUUACAAAAGUAUCGCAUAGGAGUAAAACUGGGUCUUUCCCGACCCCAACCCCAAUUCCUUUCGGCAGGUAAGUAUGCAUCCUUUGCCACCCUAUCAGAAAAGCGGACCGAUUCUUUUUGCGCUGAUCCGUUCAGAGGUAAAAUACUGCAAKAUGUGCCCAUGUCAUUUUCUUUCAGAGCAGCGGAAGACGGCUGUGGCGUUACCUUUUUAAGUGCUGCUUUGUUYGAGGACGUAGUGCUGUGGCCCAUUCUUUUCAUAUUAUCAUUUGAWGCGAACGRAGAUGACUUGGAUUCUACCCUUUUCUGCGAAGUUUUUUCUUGAACCAGUAUCUUACGAACGGAGACCGAUCUCUUUUGCGGYGCUAUUUUCCCAGGUGCAAUACUACGACACACAGCAUUUACGUUCUGUUUGAAAGUGGCAGGAGGAGGCUUUGAYGGUGCUUUCUUUCGCGUCAUUUGAUCUUCGGUUUUAUCACUGCAGUCCAUGCGAUUAUCGUUCUCUUCUGAAGCUACACGAGACGGCUCAUAUUUUUUCUUUCUCUUUUUCUCUAAUGUUUCGUAAUAUGUUUUGUGCUCAAUGUUUACCCUAUCUUUGGAAACGUAGUGUUUGUUCUCUUCAGUGAUCCAAUCUUUAAAAAUGUGGCGAAAAGUAAGUCGCAGAUAUUUUUUUGUGUAGGGAUCCACGAUUCCCAAGUCGYCAUCAGUAAAUUUCCUCACACCUAGCAUCAAGUUGUAUACUGUGCGGUAGAUCAUGGCAUUCUUUAGGGGAUCACCUGAGAGCAGAAGCCUUCUUCGAAAUCUAGCUAUUGCAAAGAUAACAGGGACCACUUUGUCGAAGUAAAUCCUACGAGGUCGGCUACAUUGAAAAUCUCGCGCUUCGCAGAGCCACCGGUUAAUUUUCCUGUAUAUGCAAUGUCCGAAUUCCUCCAGAUCCCUGAUGAUUAUCUUGGUCAUGUUAUAGAYAGUACAUCGCACUAUAAGACUGUAGCAGAACUUGUCAACAUCCUCCUGGGAUAACUCCGAAAGCGCACGAUCGCGUUGCUCUUCAGUGAGUUGAUUCACUUUAGUACAACCUAACUCCUCCAGUUUGCCAGGGAUUCGCUCGAGAGCAUGCCCAAUAGCUUGAUUGGGCACUAUGAUAAUGUAGUCAUCCCGGGAUUCACAUCGUGCGUCUGCAACAGCACCUGCAGCCAAUGAUGCCUUAGUAGAGAGUUCCUUCAAAAGAUCGAUUCGGAUUUGGUAAGGGGAGCUUGUUUUUGAUCUCUUGUUCGAGCCUUUAUUGGAUGGUGUCGCCUCGUCCGUAUCUGCCUUGCGCUUGUUUUCGCUGGAUGUAUAAGGGAUGAGUGCGGCGACCCUCGCUGAAGACUGUCUGCGGCGUUUUGGGAUCGAUGCAUUCAUCUUUGAUUUUCGUCGUUGUGUCUUGCAAUGCGGACAAAUGGAUUGUUACAUAUCCAAACCGUUGCAAUCUCGGUACAACACCGUGCACGUUGUUCCUGAACCAUGUACAAGAACCACAUAAAGUUGCUCAAAAACCAAGAAUAUUCGUCUCUUUUUUUUUCUUUCAAAAGUUGGCGCGAAUCGAAAAUAUUCGACUUGAUCGAAUAAUAAGAUGUGAUCCCUCAAAUGAUUUCUCUUCCCCUCAAAGAAAACAAAAAACUAAUUGCAUUCCAAGCCAACUUCCCGGGACUCYCCUARGUAGUAAAACUAAGAUAAAACCGAUCUUGCCGCAGGUCACYUAACGAGAACGUGCUCCAAAUCCAACCUGGGACUUCAAGUCUGGUCGCGCUUCUUGUCCCAACUGAAGAUUGAGUCUGUUGGAAACAGGUCUGGGAGCCAAUUUAUGAUCGCACUCGCGAUCAAAAAUAAAAAUUUCGACCGUCGAAAUUUUCUCGUGAUUAAGAAAAUCUAAACUUCGAAAAAAACCGGUGAUUUGUGAAGGAUCUUUUGCGGCAACAUGAUGUCAUGACAGCCAUCAAAAGAACAAAAAAUUCUAUUCUCCCUCCCCUGGCUCUCUACUCCAUGUUCACAAUCCAGUAUUUGUAACAUUGGUAUCCCGAAUCUCGACUUGUUUUCAUCAUUCGCGACACAUCAAACUUCGGUGGAAAGUGUAAAAUAAUGCCUCCCUUCCGAGCAGAAAAAGACGAUGAUUUCGUCGAUCGCCUCAUCUUCAUACCCCCGAUCAUGUCCGAAAGGGACCGUGAUAUCUGCGAUACAGACACCUUCAGCACGGCAACUACGUUGUCUGCAUCUCUCAAGAGGAAAAGAAUCCGAAAAGAAUCACCGCCUCCGUCUUCCUCUAUUCUUGACCAAUUCAUGAGCUUKGUUCCGUGCGUAGCACGAAGUGAUGACAAUCCGUUUCGAGUAGCAAUAGACGAUGGCAUCUUCAACUAYUUGGCAAUUCCGAAGGUCCCAAACCCUUCGUCGGCAAUCUCGAAGGUUCGAAAUUGGAACCUAUGCGGUCAGGGGUGCAACAAGAUGGAUGGAUAUGUUGUCAAGGAAGUUUUCAGCGAUGGAGGGCAAGAAGAGGGAGAAGAAGUCGMUAUUGUUGAUUUUGUUGACUUUGUUGAAAGAAGUAAACUCUAUAACGAAGAUUGGUGUGCCAAGCGCAACGCCUAUAGAGCUGMACAUUCCAAAUUGUACUCAACGGUCAUGCACGACCUCCUGCAAUACUUUCGUGCCAUUGAGGAAGAAGCUGCAGACAUAGCUACCGUGAAAGCAAAUACCGAACGGGAAACAGUGGAGGAAAAAAAAAUCGAGGAUCGAUUAAAACGCCWAGAAAACUCGAUYGUUACCGGUUCAAAGCCCCUGAGAAUCCGGAAAACAAUAGGGUACGUACUUCGUGCAUUCAAUGAGACAAUGAAAAACUCGUUUUCAUUCAAGAACUGUUUCUCCAAUUCAACAAGAUGUAUGCCAGAGCAAGUAUUGCUAUUACCGAAGACGACGCAACCGAAGAAGAAAUUUUCCUCUCGGCRGAGCACUCUUGGAAAUUUCUCUACCUGUGUGAGCUUCGAGCAGCUACUACCUGAAGUUCAGAAUYGUGACGAGAUCAAUUUCAGUGCUGAGAACAAGCUUUUSAACCCUAAAAAGACGAAAARRCAUUUUCGAUGAGGUAAUGCGGUUGAAGARGUGCUMAUAUCUAUUCUUGAAGUAUCUGGUUGCGUUAGAUCUCAYAAAAAGAAUAAAACAAAAUGGGGUUCUCUGCACUCUUUACUAGAAAUAAAAAAUUCGUGAUAUU